AGUCAGGCGGCGACACAGUCCGAGGUCCACUGAAACAGAAUCAGGGCCCGCUAUGCGGUGUGCACAAAAUGUAUUUGUUGAUGUAUCAUCUGAGCAACGUAAGGAAUACUUCUCAAGAACUUGAGCGAGAUGGCACCAAUCAAGUAGUGAGGCAGACAGAUGACAUUUCAAACCGUGGCCGACGAGCGUCGGGCCGCUCGCUUGAUUUGUGUUUUCACGCGCUCGCUCGCAGACGCCGCCGCCGUUGCUUCCUUUUAACGCUAAGAAAAGAACACAAUGGAGUCGAGACGGGAAGUCGUGAAGAACUCCUGAGAGGAAAGGUUCUUCGUCGCUCGGCUUCAUAUUCAGGGGUUGCUUUUGUAUUCGCGCUUGGCGGCAGGCGGUGAAUAAAUUCUCUUAUUUUUAUGAUUUUCUUUGCGACUCUCAAUUGAAGUUCAACAUUGAGGAAGAUAUGACCAUAACAUGCAGACACUUUCAAGUACAGAACAUAGACACGAGUAGAGCAAAUUUGAAAUAAUUUCAAUUUUAAUCCGUCAAGAUAUUGAGGGGGAGUUGACGGUUUUAAUAUUAGAUUUGUGCGUCAUUUGAUAUAUUCAAUCAAAUUACCAUCGCCUGCGACUGGCUGACCACCGGUCGAGGGUGCGCCCCCGCCUCUCGCCCCAAAUCAGUGUACAGAAUAUCUAUUUCAAAUAUACAAUUAUUUGUGAAAUCAUGCAGACGGCAACAUACUGUACAUAAUUCUAGCGAGAGGAAUAAGGUGGCUCGUGAAAAUGUGGGACAUUUUUGCGUGGCGUGAAAUUAAUUGCUUUUGAACUGUUGACUAGUUAAGAGUUAAAAUAUUAAAAUGAAAAAUUUCAUAGUUGAUUCCAAGUUAACUUGUGUAUAUAUAACACUCCACUGUGUCUUGGUGUCAUUUAUUCUCAGCGUCAUUUUGCCGCUUUUUUGCGGUAUUGAAAAUAUAAUUGGUAUAUAUUUGGGUAUUGUUAUUUUUUUCUUUACUAUGUCUUUUAUUUGUAAGGGAUUUAUAUUCUAUUGUAUUGUAUUUUCUUGUCUUUUGAACAUAUAUGGACAGCAACAAUCCAAUUUGACUUCACCCCGUUUUUCACUCUCGUAUUUGUGGAAAUGUGUGACGCGGAAAUCGGAACGAAUCCCCGUAUGGAAAAAAGGCACUCUGGUGGCUUUUGUCCUCUUUCUCGACCCGUCCCCAAAGAGGCUGCCUGGCUCAAAGUACGUCAAACAAUUGUUCGUCUCUUCUGUCCUCGGCCAAAAGGCGAAAACUUUCGCUUCGUUCACGGGGUUUCGAACGCGACUCGCGGCGCCGUCGCCCAACAUGGCCGAAGUGUACUACGUGGGCGUGGACGUGGGCACCGCCAGCGUCCGGGCCGCCCUGGUGACCCGAGACGGCCACCUGAAGAGCGCCGCCCAGGAGCCCAUCGGCAUCUGGGAGCCUCGCGCCGACCAUUACGUGCAGUCGUCUCGCGAGAUCUGGCACAAAUGCUGCGCCGUCGUCAAGGCAGUGACGCGGGGAGUGAACAAGAGCCAGGUGAGAGGGAUCGGUUUUGACGCGACCUGCUCCCUUGUGGUUUUGGACCGACACUUCCAGCCCGUAGCGGUCGAUCAGGACGGAAACCGGCAGAGGAACGUGGUGAUGUGGAUGGACCACCGCGCCGCCGAGCAGGCCGCCCGCAUCACCGCCGCGGGCCACGGCGUCCUGAGUCGGCUGGGCGGGGCCAUGUCGCCCGAGAUGCAGCCGCCGAAGCUCCUCUGGCUCAAAGAGAAUCUCGGGGAAAGCCGCUGGAACAAAGCUGCUCACUUUUUUGACCUCCCAGACUUCCUCUCGUGGAAGGCCACCGGAUCUUUGACCAGAUCCCUUUGCACUCUGGUUUGCAAAUGGACGUACUGCCCCCCGCAGGGGUGGGAUGCCACUUUUUGGACGGCAAUCGGCCUGGAGGACCUGGCGGAAAACAACUUUGCCAAAAUAGGCAACGCGACGUGUCCUCCGGGGAGUCCCGUCGGGGACGGCCUGACCCGGGAGGCGGCGGCCGAUUUGGGUUUGGACGUGGGAACCGCGGUCGGGGCCUCGCUCAUCGACGCGCACGCCGGAGGCCUCGGUGUGAUCGGAGCAGACGUAAAAGGCUUCCGGCUGCCGUGCGAGGGCCACCCGAUCACGUCACGCAUGGCGAUGAUCUGCGGGACGUCGUCCUGUCACAUGGCCAUGAGCGAGCGGCCGCUGUUUGUGCCGGGCGUGUGGGGUCCCUGCUUGUCCGCCAUGGUCCCGGACUUGUGGCUCAACGAGGGAGGCCAGAGUGCCACGGGCCGUCUGGUCAGUGAGUUCUGCCGCAUGGACCACGUGGUGAAAGGCCACGCCGCCUUUGCGCAGCUGCGCGAAGAGGCGAGCCGCAGAUGUCCCGACACCGCAGAGGACGGCAUCUACGGCUACCUGAACGAGCACCUACGCCAAAUGUCUUCGUCGCGUUCGGCUGUUGACUCGCUGGCCUCCGGUCUUCACGUGUGGCCGGACUUCCACGGGAACCGGUCCCCGCUGGCCGACCCCACCCUGAAGGGCAUGGUGGUGGGACUUUCUCUUUCCCAAAGUCUGGACGACUUGGCUUUGCUGUACUUGGCCACCGUGCAAGCCCUGGCGCUGGGAACUCUUCAUAUACUGGAGGCCAUGAAAGAAGCCGGCCACGACAUCCGAACCGUCUUCUUGUGCGGAGGGCUGAGCAAGAACAGCCUUUUUGUGCAGAUUCACGCCAACGCGACCGGCUUGCCGGUUGUGUUGCCGCAGCAGGCCGAGGCUGUCCUGGUGGGGGCGGCGGUUCUCGGGGCUUGUGCGGCCCAGGACUCAAAAACUAUACAGGAAGCGAUGGCGAAAAUGGCGAAAGUGGGAAAAGUCAUUGAGCCUGAUUGCAGCCUGCACAGCUUUUACCAAAGAAAGUACAAAGUGUUCCGGCGCCUUGUUGACCACCAGAGGGAGUACCAGAACCUCAUGAACACUUUAGGGACAGAGUGUCAAUCACCAUAACGACGAGCUGACAGGGGGGGGCGUCGCCAGGGAUUUGGAACCCUGUGGGGGGGGGGGGGGCGGGCUCAAUCACAUUGGCAGCGCUGCAAGUUGAAAAGACUUUUCUCCGGUCCGUUUGGGUCACGGGCCCGUGGAACCGUCCUGCUCUUCCUCGACUACUUCUGCUGUCAUUUUGCACAUUGGUGACGAUGGCGCAAUGUUCCGCUUUGCCAAUAAAAUCCAGUU